AAUCUCGUCGUCCCCAUUCAGCGUCGACUGGCGUCCAUCCCCAAGCGAAAUCCAGUGAUCUGCGAGCCAAGCAUCUCAUCAUGACGACGCCAUCCAUGUUCGACCCUCCAGAGUACCAGAAGCUCAUGCGUAGCAUCCGCGCACACUUCCCUGGCCUGCGUGCAUCGAUGCAGGCCAGCGACGAGGUGACGAACGCGCACGUCGACCACGAGGACGAGGCGAUUGCUGAAGCACUCAAAGUGAACAUUUUGGGCGAUGUUGGAGCACAGGAGAUUGCCGAUGCGCUCAAGCGCGGUGUCACGGGCAGCCCCCAAACCGGCAGUCCUGCUGCAAGUGCGAAUGCCAAUGCUGAUGCCGUUCCGGAAAGUUUCGACUCGUGCCACACGGAGGACGACGGCGAGCGCGCUUGGGCCAUUCUGGAGAAUGCGGGCGGGUCGCAAGUUCCCGCCUCAGUUGUGCGCGCAAUGGCUGCCUACAUGACACGCUCGUACGUUCAGAUUGGCGCCGGAUACCACAUGUCCACCAAGGGCGCCAUCACGGUGGAUAUGGCACACCGCUUUGUUGCACGGCUCUUGAAUGCAGAGCAGACAGGCCGCAUCAUUCUGGGAUCGUCCGCGUCGCAGCUCAUCUACAUGCUGGCCGAUUGCUUGCGUGACACGCUCGAGCCCGGAGACGAGGUGGUUUUUGCCGAAGCCGCGCACGAGUCCAACGUCACGCCGUGGCUCGCUCUCAGCCGGCAUCAUGGCAUUGUUCUGCGCAACUGGGAAAUGGACACGACCACGAUGGAGACGUGUCCAGUUGAAAAUCUCACGCCAUUGCUCAACUCACGAACGCGCGUUGUCAUCUUCCCCCAAGUCAGCAACCUGCUCGGCACGGUGGUUGAUGUUGCAGCCAUCACCAAGCACAUCCGCGCCAGGGCACCUGCCGCCCAUGUUAUCGUGGACGGAGUGGCGUACGCGCCGCAUCGCGUCGUGGACGUCAAGGCCUGGGACGUCGAUUAUUACGUCUUGUCAACGUACAAAGUGUACGGCCCCCACAUGGGAGCCCUCUAUGGCAAAGAAUCGGCCAUGCAAGAGCUGCAGGGUCUCAACCACUACUUUAUCCCCAGCAAUGUGCCCUACAAGUUUGAGAUUGGUGGCUCGAGCCAUGAAGGGUGUGCCGGCCUUUUGGGCUUGAUUCCCUAUCUCAAGUUUUUGGCCAAGACUGCGCAGUGCAAGAAGGUGGAAGGCCCUCGCGGGGGGUGGCGCGACACGACGCUUGACAUUUCUCGCGCAGAGAUUGUUGCCGCAUUCCAGCUCAUGACACACAUUGAACGCCACCUCACGCGACACCUGCUCAAGGGACUUGCCAGGCUGGCAGAGCGCGGCCUUGUCGUGAUCGGACCCGCGGUCGACCUCGCGUCCGAUGCUGCGGUGGAUGCACGCAUCCCCACGGUGGCCUUUGUCAGCACCGUUCCCAACUGCUGGCCCAGCAUCAUAGUCCGUGCUUGUCAUGAAAAAAAGGUUGCCAUUCGUUCCGGGCACAUGUAUUCUUGGCGCAUGUGCGAGGCCCUUGACAUUGACCGUUCUUUGGGGGUCUGUCGGGUGUCUCUUUCGCACUACAACACCACCGAAGAGGUCGAUCGGUUUUUGGCGGUUCUAGAAAAGGUGCUGUCUGAAAAACACGCAUAGCAGAAGAACCACCCGCUAGUUUUCGACAAGAGAUUUUAUCAUCAAGACUGAUAUAUGGGUAGAUUUGAUGUGCAGUAGUUGUUGGUAGUUGUUGGUCGUUGUGUUCACGAGCUGGUUGGAAGUCUGUAGCAUGAAUGCAAAAGGUCUGGUUGGUUGUUUUUUCAAUGCAGUUCAAUUCUUCCA